CCGGCUCCUCCCCUUCAGUCUUACACAGGUGUACUGCCUCCUCCCCUUCAGUCUUGCACAGGUGUACCGGCUCCUCCCCUCCAGUCUUGCACAGGUGUACCGGCUCCUCCCCUUCAGUCUUACACAGGUGUACCGGCUCCUCCCCUUCAGUCUUGCACAGGUGUACCGGCUCCUCCCUUUCAGUCUUGCACAGGUGUACCGGCUCCUCCCCUUCAGUCUUGCACAGGUGUACCGGCUCCUCCCCUUCAGUCUUGCACAGGUGUACCGGCUCCUCCCCUUCAGCCUUGCACAGGUGUA